GGUAGCUACCUACAUGCAGAUGAUGUAUCCAACCAGGAUGAGCCGGCUGCUUAUGAAGUUUAGCAUUUAUUGUCUUUUCGAAUUUACAUUACCGUUGUCGAUAGCCACGUACUUGUCGGACCACAGUCGGCCGACAAAUUGAUCAACAUCGGAAUUUGCAUGUCCUGGGUAAAUAUUAAACAUACUGUGCAGUCAAAACUCAGUAUAUAAGAAGUCGCCUUCCGCCAGCAGGAUGAGCGCAAUAGGUUUCUUUUUAUGACCAGCUGGAUAAGGAUCCUGCAAUUUGCAACCCAAAUAUCAUGGACUCAGAUGCCAAAAAUCCAUCAUGUCUUCUCUAUGGACCGCUGGACGCCCGAUUUGAGGAUCGACCUGUCCCUGUACUUAGCGACCCACACGAUGUCAUUCUCCGCAUUGCUUAUACAGGUGUUUGUGGAAGCGAUGUUCAUUUCUGGCUGGAUGGAGGAAUUCGUACUUAUGUUUCUGAAGCCCGACCAUUGACCAUGGGUCAUGAAGCAUCUGGAACUAUCCAUGCAGUGGGCUCUGCCGUCAGUUCGCUGGUCCCGGGAGACAAGGUUGCCAUUGAACCGGGAUAUCCAUGUAGCCGUUGUGAACGCUGCAAAUCCGGUCGUUACCAUCUUUGCCCGGAAAUGAAAUUCGCGGCAGAUCCUCCAAAGGUUCAUGGCACCCUCUCGAAAUAUUUUCUGUUGCCUGCCAGCUUUUGCUACAAGCUGCCUGAAAGCAUCAGUUUGUCUGAAGCCGCCUUGAUGGAGCCUUUAGCAGUUGCUGUACAUGCAAUUCGGCUCGCAGACAUAAAGCCCGGAAGUCGUGUUAUUGUGUUCGGUGCCGCAACGGUUGGAUUGUUCUGUGCUGCUGUGGCCCGGGAAUUUGGAGCAAGCACCGUCGUCUCAGUGGACAUUUUGGAGCACAAGCUACGCUUUGCACAAAAGUUUGUCGGUUCAUCAGUGGGGAGAACUGCAAUGCCAGAUUCCUCCCUAACCCCGGAGGAAAAUGCGAAACGUCUGGUGGAGGAGCACCAGCUUGGAGAGGGAGCAGACAUUGCCAUAGAUGCAUCCGGAGCAGAAGCAUCAGUUCAAACAGCCAUCUUUGCGUUGCGAAUGGGCGGAACAUUUGUUCAAGUAGGCAUGGGAAAGCGGAAAAUUGAAUUCCCGAUAUCAGAAUUGUGUGAACACGAGAUAACAGCAAGAGGUAGCUUCCGAUACGGUGCUGGAGAUUUCGACCUAGGAAUUCGCCUUGUAGGUCAGGGAAAGAUCAUAUUGUCAGGGAUAAUUACGAAAGUAUUCCCAUUCGAGUCGGCAACCGAAGCCUGGGAAACAGCAAAGCGUGGUGAAGGAACCAAAACAUUGAUUGAAGGACCCAGGAAUUGAAUACAACU